CCCCCGCCGAGACCCCGACCCCGGCCCCACGGGCGGACACUCGGCCGGGCAGCCGCGGGCCGAGCGCAGCCGCCUCCGCCGCCGAUGCGCCUGGUGGCCAGACUCCAAGUGGGACCGGCGGACACGCAGCCGCGCGUGUCAGUGGAAGCUGAUGGAGAAUCGAGCUCUGGACCCAGGGACUCGGGACUCCUAUGGUGCCACCAGCCACCUCCCCAACAAGGGGGUCCUGGCAAAAGCCAAGAACAACUUCAAAGACCUGAUGUCCAAGCUGACGGAGGGCCAGUAUGUGCUGUGCCGGUGGACAGAUGGACUGUAUUACCUCGGGAAGAUCAAGAGGGUCAGCAGUUCUAAGCAGAGCUGCCUUGUGACUUUUGAAGAUAAUUCCAAAUACUGGGUCCUGUGGAAGGACAUACAGCAUGCUGGUGUUCCAGGGGAGGAGCCCAAGUGCAACAUCUGCCUGGGGAAGACAUCGGGGCCACUGAAUGAGAUCCUCAUCUGUGGGAAAUGUGGCCUGGGUUACCAUCAGCAGUGCCACAUCCCCAUAGCAGGCAGUGCCGACCGGCCCCUGCUCACACCUUGGUUCUGCCGACGAUGCAUCUUCGCGCUGGCUGUGCGGAAAGGCGGCGCGUUGAAGAAGGGCGCCAUCGCCAGGACGCUGCAGGCUGUGAAGAUGGUGCUGUCCUACCAGCCCGAGGAGCUCGAGUGGGACUCGCCCCACCGCACCAACCAGCAGCAAUGCUACUGCUACUGCGGCGGCCCUGGAGAAUGGUACCUGCGGAUGCUGCAAUGUUACCGGUGCAGGCAGUGGUUCCACGAGGCCUGCACCCAGUGCCUCAAUGAGCCCAUGAUGUUUGGAGACCGGUUCUACCUGUUCUUCUGCUCCGUGUGUAACCAGGGCCCAGAGUACAUCGAGAGGCUGCCCCUGCGAUGGGUGGACGUGGUUCACCUGGCCCUCUACAACCUGGGAGUGCAGAGCAAGAAGAAGUACUUUGACUUUGAGGAGAUUCUGGCCUUUGUCAACCACCACUGGGAGCUCCUGCAGCUUGGCAAGCUCACCAGCACCCCCGUGACGGACCGAGGACCACAUCUCCUCAACGCUCUGAACAGUUACAAAAGCCGGUUCCUCUGUGGCAAGGAGAUCAAGAAGAAGAAGUGUAUCUUCCGCCUGCGCAUCCGCGUCCCGCCCAACCCUCCAGGGAAGCUGCUGCCUGACAAGGGCCUGGUGCCCACUGAGAACGGCGCCUCCUCUGAGCUGCGUAAGAAAGGAAAGAGCAAGCCUGGUUUGUUGCCUCACGAAUUCCAGCAGCAGAAAAGGCGAGUUUAUAGAAGAAAAAGAUCAAAGUUUUUGCUGGAAGAUGCUAUUCCCAGUAGCGACUUUACCUCGGCCUGGAGCACCAACCACCACCUGGCCAGCAUAUUUGAUUUCACGCUGGAUGAAAUUCAGAGUUUAAAAAGUGCCAGCUCAGGCCAGACAUUCUUCUCAGAUGUGGACUCCACUGAUGCCGCCAGCACCUCUGGCUCCGCUUCCACCAGCCUCUCCUAUGACUCCAGACGGACAGUGGGCAGCCGCAAGAGGAAACUGGCAGCCAAAGCAUACAUGCCACUGCGGGCAAAGCGGCGGGCAGCUGAGCUGGGUGGACGCUGCCCCUCGGACAGCAGUGCAGAGGGGGCUUCAGGCCCUGAGCGGCCAGACGAAGGCAUCGACAGCCACACAUUUGAGAGCAUCAGUGAAGACGACUCUUCCUUGUCCCACCUCAAGUCAUCCAUCACCAACUACUUUGGCGCAGCUGGGCGGCUGGCCUGUGGGGAGAAGUACCAGGUGUUGGCUCGGAGGGUCACGCCCGAGGGCAAGGUUCAGUACCUGGUGGAGUGGGAAGGGACCACCCCUUACUGACGAGCCCUCAGGGGAUGCCAGGAGCCCUGGAAACCAAAGGAGAGACAGUGGAAGCCACAGGCUCCCCAGUUCUCUCCAGGCAGGGGUGGGAGAGGGAAGCAGGACAGUGCCUGGCAAAAAGCCCUGCCUGCCUGCCCACCAGGCCAGGGCCUGCGCCUCUCUGCUGUGCCCACUCUGCUCUCGGGCCGUCUCAGGCUCAUCACCCCUUUGCCUGUGUCUCUAAGGUCCGCUGGCUAUUUCUCGGUGUCUCCACACACUCCACACUCCCUCCAACUGUUCAUCUGUUCCUCUGAAUUUGUGUUCCCCCGGCUCUAUGACCCUUUCUCCUGAGGCCUGAAUCUCUUUGUCCCCAAUUCUGUGUCCCUUUACCUCCCUCACCCCUUUUGGGUUUGUGUUUACACACCCUAUGUGCGCAUGGCUGUCCCUCCACUGGAUGUCCUUCACACCAGACCCAUGGGCAGCCUGUCCUCCUAGGGACCACACUCUGAGAACAGGAACCUCUGAGAGACAAUGGGUGAAGGUGGAUACGAAGAUGCCCGCGGUGCUUUUCUCUCCCACUUCCUGCCACUCCCCCUGCCCUCAAAAAGAGGUGGUGAGGGUGGGAGAACACCAACGCCCCUGUGAAAGCCUGUGUGGCAGAGACCCUGGGACUCUCAGGAUCUGAGAAGUGAAGAGGCUGCAUCUCUGCCUCAGAAGGUACCAGCACCAGAGCCCAAUUAUUAAGGCUAAGAGUGAUGGCUGCUGUCAGUCUCUGAGGUCCCAGAAGUUUUCCUUUUCCUGGCCACACUCCCUCUUAGUUGCCGUGGAGCUGAGCCUGGCCUUGCUGGACUAGAGGGGGCCUUGAAAACCUGAGGGACGGGAGAGGAAGUGGGAGGGAAGGAAGCCAUGUCAUGCUUAACCUCAAACUGUUUCCUAGGCCUCCCACCCCCGACCCACCACACCCACAGCUGAACAAUACACACU